ACUCACUCGGCAGGGCGCCGUAGUAAAAAUCGGAGCAAAUGUGACCAGGGCAUAACCGCCUUCAUAUGAUAAAAGGAACGAAACUUCGUAUUAUGUAAACUGCAACUGAUACUAUAUCUUAUCUUAUUUGGUGGCGAACUGCUUGUCAUCACAGUAUCUUUCAUAAAUUUGAUUAUACGCCAGUAUAGGGAGAUGAUGAAGACUUUACAGGUGUGUUCCAUAUUGUUUGCAUUCGUCUCCUUUACCUCUGCAAACUUUGGAUCGCUGCCCAAGCUUGCAUUGUUAUCACCCAAAGGCAUCAGGUUCACCUUAGAGGACCCUGGACCCGGUACGACAGUUGUAGCAUUUCACUACAGCGUCAACACAAUAUUACCGGGGGUUCAAGCGGGCCAAUGGAAUUUUGACGUCUGGAACAAAAUAGGGAAUAAUUAUAUCCAUGAAAACACUCGUGUAAAUGUUAAUCCCGGUGAUGUCGUUCACUAUUGGGUCUACUACACACGAAAUGGUCGGGGCUAUCAAAUAACGGAUAGAACUUGGAGGGCCGAGGCUAGGCCGACUCCGCGUCCAACAACUACUAAACGCCCAGCAGUUGAGGUUUCUACACCGACUCGACCAGAUGUAGUGGAACCUACAAGUCGACCAAUAACACAGUCUGGCUCAGCAGUUGAAGGCAAUACACAUUGGCCCACAUCUAGCUCAAAUUGCAAGUCGACCAGUGCAAUCGAACGAGUCGCUUGUCCACAUCAAGCAUCUGGCCUGACGUCAUGGCGUCCCGGACAUGACGAAAACAGAGAUGUCUUCAUCGGCGAAGGGAAAUCGUAUUUGUUAGAUGAUUCGGCUACUUUGAGAUCAAUAACAGUUGAAAAUGGAGGGAAGCUUGUAAUCAAUGAUAUUCCAAGCAAGCAUAUACGGCUAAAGGUACGAAGCAUUUUACUUCGAAAUGGAGGCGAACUUCACAUCGGGUCAGAGACUUGUAAAUACCAAGGGAAAUUCACAAUCAUCCUGGUUGGAAAGUCUAACGAGGGAGUUGAAAAUGCCGAUUUUGGGCGGAAGUUUAUUGGUGUCUCAGACGGAGCAGUGUUGGAAAUCCAUGGACAGGAGAAACGAUCUUGGACUCAGUUAGUCAGGUCACUGAGUGAAGGUGAAACAAACCCCGUAUUAAGCUUAAAGGAUGACGUAACAGAAUGGAACGAAGGGGAUUGGAUCGUUAUUGCAAGCACAGAUUACGAUAUGAAUCAAGCAGAAGAAUUUAGAAUACAGAGAUGUUGUGAGUGCAACAGGAACCAAAUCAAAAUUGAAGGUCAACUUAAAUAUAAUCAUUUUGGGGAGAUGGACGAAGGCGUCGACAUGCGAGGUGAAGUGGGACUCCUCAGUAGAAACAUCGUUGUAAAAGGACAGAUGGAAGGCAACUGUUACGGCGACAACCAAUGCAGAUUCUUCGAAUAUGACACAAAUGGUGGUCACGUUAAGAUUCUGAGAGGAUUCAAGUCUGUGCAUAUAUCGGGACUAGAGCUUACGAACAUGGGUCAGCAGAGACUAGGGUUCUACCCAAUCCAUUUUCACCUUUGUCAUGACGUCGAUGAAAGAGGCGGAUAUACAAAGCCAACGUACGUAAAGGAAGUGUCGAUACACCACGCAUUUUCCAGAUGUGUUACUAUACAUGGAACCGAUGGACUAUUGAUCAAAGACACAGUUGGAUAUGAUACACUCGGCCAUUGCUAUUUCUUGGAGGAUGGCGCCGAGCAACGAAACACAUUGGAUGGAAAUUUGGGACUCGUUACUAAGCCAGGGACACUUCUACCAUCGGAUAGGGAUAGUAAUAUGUGCCGGAAAAUAUUGAAUAACGUUUGGCCUGGGCAUAUUCCGGAUCCAAAUGCUUGCAAUGCAGUUACAACAUUCUGGAUCGCCCAUCCAAAUAACAACUUCAUAAACAAUGUUGCUGGAGGCUCUGCACAAGUGGGGUAUUGGUUCAUUUUCCAUAAUAAAGUAACUGGUCUCUCUGCGGGGAAACUACCCAAUGGACAUGGAAGUAGAAGUCCAAUGGGAGUUUUCAAAAACAAUCGAGUCCAUAGUGUGCCAAGGACUGGCCUCAUCAUCGACAAUGGAGUAAAAACAAGCGAAGCAUCAGCGAGAUCUCCAAGCGAAAUACUAACCGUCUCUGCUGGUCUGUACGCGCCGCACAUCGGUUCAGAUUCUAGGAUGCCGAGAGCCCCUGCAAUAAUAGAUGGCUUCAUUGCAUACAAGGUCAAAGGUCAAGGCUCUUGGGUUAGAGGUGGUGAUAUAUUCUUCAAAAACUCUGGGUUUGCUGACAAUGGAAUAGGUUUAACCUUAGCGAGCGCAGGAGAGAUACCCUAUGAUAAAGGAUCACACCAAGAAAUCCGAAAUUCUAUAUUCGUGGGUGAGAGUCGAAACCAUGGCAAUAAAGGUCCAGCACCACACACAUGGUGGGGCCCAGGCUAUGACGGUAUUAUGAGGACUCAUCCUGAGCCACCGCACUACCCAUUGACAGGUUACAGGAUAUAUGAUGGACCAAUGUUAAUAGAAGGAUGCACCUUUCGGAAGUUUAUUCCAACAGGGGACAGAAAGGUUCAGGCAAUUGGGUUCUUCUACAGCAACCCAUUCCAAAUGACACCAAAGAACAUUUUCACAAAUAACAAGUUUGAUGCCGAGAGUGUAAAAUUGUUCACUGGGAUGAAAAACGCCCCUUUCUAUGGGAAACACGACAAUGAUGGAGACAAGACAAUAGUCAUAACCGACCCAGACGGUACACUAUCUGGUUACAAGGACAGUACAUUGGUCAAACCAGACAACUACCUUGUGCACCAUGAAGGUUGUCAAAUUAACCAACUUUUCAACGCUAAAGUUUGUUCUGGAAAAGUCGUUCAACUAUAUGUGUAUGGGAGACAGCCUUACCAUCUUCAUGCGACACUCGUUAGAGAUGAUUAUCCCAAUAACCCCCAAACACUGAAAGGUAUUGGCAGUAACCACAUGUUUGUCCUACAUGAGAGAAAGUCGUACACUCUCUACUGGAGCGAGAGGGCUCCACAAGAGGUUGAACUCAAAGCUAUCAAUUUUGAACGCGGAAACAAUAUUCGAGUUGGACUUUGCUAUCCCUCUGGAACCAAAUUCGAUGUGCACUACCGUGUACAAGACGGAGGUUACAGACGAGUCAAUGAGCGACUUCAGCAGGUGAAUAGCAUCAAUGACAUAGACAGGGCGAACGGAAACAAUUACUAUUGGGAUGAAAGUGCGGGUCUGCUUUUCGUGAAAGUUCAUGCAAGAAAUGAUCGUGUUGGCUGGGACUACUGCUCUACCAGCGGCUGUGAAAGUAUCAUCAUCCAAGCAACGUUCACUAGAGGAGCAGCAUCCGAUUGUCGGCCAAAGGCAUACCCCAAAUACCAAAAACCCAAAGAGUAUGUGCCUAUGCUAAGAGGGGGUUGCUCUAACUGCGGAGCAAGUGAACCACUUUGGAGAUAAUUCACAUCUUUAAACAGUUGGUUCUGUCAACAAAGAUGCAAUACACUACUUGCAAUAUAAUACAUUUGUUGAAUUACUAAUGUGGGAUACUCACAUUUUGAACAUUGCACACAUCGAGACCACACCGAUUUUGACAUUAUAGAAUGAUACAAUGAAAAUAAAAUUAAUCUCAUAGUACUUAUAGUGAAAA